AUGUCUACCGGAGUUGGAAUGUCGUCGUGCUGCUUGACCGGCAAGGUCCAGGAGGGAACUCCCAAGGGCCACGUCGAAACCAUUGCAGGUCUUCAGACCUAUGUUGCCGAGCCCAAGGACGGCUCAAAGGCCAAGACCAUCAUCUUCCUCGUUGACAGUAAGUCAUCCGGCCCCUCCAAUCUGCUGCCUCAAAUGCUGAUGCGAACAAANGUCUUUGGAUGGGAGUUCAAGAACACUCGCCUGCUCGCCGAUCAGUACGCUGCCAAUGGGUUCACUGCCUACAUCCCCGAUGUUCACGAGGGUGACUCGCUGGACAUUGAGUUCCUCCAGACCGUUGAACCCCAAAAGACCGAGCGCGACUCUCGCUCCAUUACCGAAAAGGCAACUGCGACCGCAAAGACAGGCGCAACACUGGGCCCUUGGCUGCUCAAGCACCGCGAGAGCGUCGCUCGUNNCCCCCUGAUCGAGAACUUCAUCAAGCAGGUCCGCAUGAUCCCUGGCACCAACAAGGUUGGCGCAAUCGGCUUCUGCUGGGGUGGCAGAUAUGCGGUCCUGGCCGGCGACAAGGACUUCAGCGGCGCCGAGGGUAUGGGUGUCGACGCCAUCUGCGCUUGUCACCCUUCGCUGGUUGCCAUUCCUGCCGACUUCGAAGGCCUUGCCGUUCCUGCAUCCUUUGCACUUGGCGAUUCUGACAGCUUGCUCGGAAACAAGGAGGUUGACCAGAUUAAGGAACUUAUGGCUAAGAAGAAGAGCGAGGGCAUCGACACCGAGGUGCGUGUCUACGAAGACCAGGUCCACGGCUUUGCUCUGCGCGGUGACUGGAACUCGGAGAAGGACAAGAAGGCCAUGGAUGAGUCGUGCAAGCAGGGAAUCGAUUUCUUUAACAAGCACCUGGCAUGA